AUGGCGGUGCUCGCCAUCGAAGGGCACAAGAAGCUCGAGGCCGCACAGCAGGAACUUUACGAUGCCUUCAGUGCCUGCUUUAAGACGGUCAAUGGCAGAAGUGUCGAGACGUGGCAGCCACAUGAGACAAUCAUGCUUUGCAAUGACACGACAUUCUUCGAUUUGACAGGCCGGAUUGACCUUGCUGCUCUAGAUUUCGUUGCGAGAAUGCUUGCUGCCACUGGCAUCAGUGGCUCGAACGACCCGACAGAUAUGUUUCGAAUCCUGGCGCCGACGGCCAUCUUGGGCUAUGGGUUUCCUCAAGCUCCUUUCGAUGCGGCUGUGCGCGAGCAUGCCUUCGAUCUCAUUGCCGUAGACGCCGGCUCCAUCGAUCCUGGACCUUACUACUUGGCCUCUCGCUCUUCGUUCACGUCGCUAGAUCAUGUUCUGCGAGACCUUCGUCUGAUGCUUCAGGGUGUCCGCCAGCAGGCAAGCAUGGGGCAGCGCUGCAAGCUGAUCGUGGGCUCAGCUGGGGGCUGCGGCACCAACAACCAGGUGGAGCUGCUUGCUCGCGAAGCCCGGAAAAUCAUGGCGGAGUUGGGCCUGGAGGCUCCCAUUGCAACAGUCCAAAGUGAGCUGCAAGCAGUGCAGCUGGGCGGACGACGGCUGACACCUCUGGGCCCAAUGCCGGCCAUUGGCACAGAUGCUUUGGAAGGCUCGGUGAUCGUGGCACAGAUGGGUCUUGAGCCCAUCAUGUCGGCGUUGGCGCAUGCUGACAUAGUGCUGUGCGGACGUGCUUAUGACCCUGCUGUCUUUGCGGCUGAGCCCAUACGGUGCGGAUUUCCAGCUUCAGCCGCGUUGCAUGCCGCCAAAGUGCUCGAGUGCGGCGCAAUUGCAACGGUGCCUGGAAGUGGCAGUGACUGCCUCGUCGCAGAACUGGACAGGGAAGCAAAAGCAAGGUUCUGGGCACCAAACACGAAGAGGCAAGCUACAACUCUGAGUGUAGCUGCGCACACGCUCUACGAGAAGAGCCACCCUCAUCUCUUCGGUUUGCCGGGUGGCGUAUUGAGCACGAAGCACGCGGUCUUCAAGCAGCGCGGCCGGGUUGUGGAAGUGGAGGGCACGAAGCUCACAAGGGUUCCACCCGCAGUGAAGCUGGAAGGAGCAAGGGUCCGUGGGUUCCGGGCCGUUGCCAUUGACCUCCUUGCCGGCACAGCUGAUGUGGAACUAUCCGAUGGCACGAUGGUGUACGGGAGGAACGGUGUCGAGGAUUCCUUGGUCAACUCGGGUGAAGAGCUCGGAAUCCUGGUCACCGUUUCUGGAGGGGGCAUCGAGAGGAACAAAUCACAUUUAGCCCUCCUCCGUGCCACGUUGCUGCACUGGGGCUUUGAGGGCCGGAAAGCCACGGCUGGGAACUUGGCAUUCCCAUUCUCACCCUCCGACCUUCAAUUUGGUGACGAGGGUGUUCUGACUAUUUGCGGCACAAGAGAUCCGAGCUUCAUCUCGCGGUGGCAAGAGAUUCUAAGGGAGGUGGAAGACUACGUCCAGAGCCUCUCAUGCCAAGAGGGCCUGACUGUUCGCUUCGUUGCUGCAGGUCUGCAGGGUCAACAUCUUCUUCAGUGCCGCGAGGUUGUUGCAAGCUCUGCGGCAGCAGCAUGCUCACAGCUGCAAGCAGAUACAAGAGCGAUCGAGAGCUGGCUGUGCCAUGGAAGCGUUGCAGCCGACUACACAGUCCAUCAUCUGCUCGAUCUAGACGAGAAGCUUUUGUGCGAUCUCUUUCCAAUCCGUGUAUUGCAUAGCGAUGGCUCGGCGCAGGAUGUGCAGGCAAACCUGUUGCCUUGGGAUGCCCCUCCGACGGCUUCGUCGGCAGAGGCGUACCAAGACUGGGAGUCUUCCGCGAAGCCUUCAGGCUGGCGAGUAGCUGGGUGCAACCUCGGAGCCCUGGCGAAAGUGGUGCGUUCCAAGAACGCCGGCGUAAAUGAAAUCACCUACGACAUAAUGUUUGCCGAUGAGGAGUCUUACAACUAUGCCAAAAGCAGUCCAGCACUGGAUGCUUCUGCAGUUCCGUUGCAAAAUGUUUUGGGCAUCUUUUGCGAUGCCAAGGUCUCAGAGGCUUUUGCAAUGCAUGUGGCAGCUUGGUGCAUGUUGUCGGCUUCGGGCCCAGGAUACGUGCUGGGCCAUCAAGAUCACUUGUGCCCGGCAGGCAAAGCAUUGCACAUCAUGCCUGCCGUGUCAUUUUUCAACACGCUGCUGGAGGUUCUUGCCGGCAGUGCCGGUGAUCGUGAUGUCUACGGCGCACAGCAGCACAGCCGGCUCCUGUCCCUCUACCAUGGCCUUCACAGCUGCCCGUUUGCAGACGCGCUCCGGACGGAGAUUGCGACCCUUACCGGCGAAAGCCUCCCAGAAGUCACCGAUGCGUCGCAUCUCUGGCCAGGUCGCGAGAGCUCUAUUUGGAGGCCUCACCUCACGGGAAGGGGAAAACAGCCACCGAGUGUGUUUUGGUGCAAGAAUGCCUGUCGUCUGAUUGCGAAGAAAUUCUGCUGCACCGAUCUUCGUUUAGAGCUCUCGGACAAGGCCACAAGUGAGGCCAAGGACGUCAUAGAAGAAAUAGCGAAAGAGUUUGGCUUCGUCGCUUAUGCAGCAAGGAGAGGCGGCAAGGGUGCGUACAAGGGCAAAAGCAAUGCGCAAGCGGAGCCGGCUGAUGAGAAAGUUCAGGCCUUGGACGAAAUUGCCGGCAAGAUUGAAGCAGAUGCUUCCCUUAGCAGCAAGAGGUGUGACCACCUGCUCUACCCGUACUGGAACUUGACUCCCGACCAGGAGAAGUCCGUGCAUCAGAUCAUGGAAGUCUUCAAUCAGGAGUACUCCGUCAGGCGGAAAGUUUUAACACGUCGCUUGGACGUGACGAUUCAGGCCUUUCUUUGGUCGCCAAAGGCGGACUCCUACAUGGAGCAGAUCUCCCAGGCCAUUUCAGCCGUCAUGGAUUGGCGCGACCACCUUAGCUCGGCGAGCAUCGGGAGCUGGCACAUGUUGGCGACGGAUGAAAAAACGGUACAGGAGCCUCCGAAGAUCUCUUCCAUCACGGCCUUGAAGUCGGUUGUAAAAACCAUCAUCAUUGGUGCAGUUCCCGACAGAGGUGGUGUGCCAGAAGGAUAUACGGUUGAGGACAUUGCGAAGGAUAUCGUCAAAGCCAACGUAGCCUUGACGAAGAAGGAUCAAGGUGGAGGUGGCAAAGGCGCAUCUGCCCAGACUGCGGCAGCCAUGUCUGCAAAGAGAUGGGUUGGAAAGGGCAUGGGUUCCGGAGAUGCUCGAGACAGUCCUAGAGGGGAGAAAGGUGGAGGAGGCGGUGGCUACUACGGUGGCAAAGGCAAAGGUGGUGAUGGUGGUGGCGGGCACGCACAGCGGCAGUUUUUGUGUCAAGGGUUUUUUCACCGGCAUGUGCAGCUGGCAGGUACUACGGGAAGGGAGGCGGCGGCGGCGGUGGGGGCUACUACUCCCAAGGCCUUCGCAGCAUAA